GGCGCGCGCUGCUUUUUAAGUCGUUUUGCGUCGCGCUGCGUCGAUCACGUCUUGGCGGGGCGCGCCGCUUGCCGCCGGUGCCGGCCGCUACCGCAAUUCGCAGCGGUGAAAUAUGGGUCACGGAGCUUGUCCGCGCGUGCCGGUAGGCAGUUCUAAGUGUCGCGCGCCGUGUUUUUUUGCGCCGCGUUUCAGGUCCGCGUUUUUGCGUCGAGAAAACGGGUUUUUGUUACUGCGGACACGUCCAUGGUGCAAAGCAAGCGUCCGCACACGUCUACAAAUUGGGCAGUGGACAAGCUCCAACUCAAAAACGACUCAAGAGAACCCGAACCCAGGCAAUUUGACUUGUGAGAGACGCCCCGUUUUUUGGUUCAUUAGACGAAGCAGAGACGUCCAGUAGACGUCCACGCUUUGCCACGAGCCACAUUUCCACGACUGGCUGUGAAAACGCCGCCGCGGCGCAUUCAUAAGCUGCUCUAGGCGCCAAAACUAAGCAGCCGCGCGAAACCGCAGCAGCGAACAGAUGGAAGCGACGCCUCCUGUGCCCGCGACAACGCCGGCUGCCGAACCACCCGCAGCUUCCAAUGCAUGCGCCGCACCCGUGACGCAACCGCCAGCCGACGCGGCGCCGGCGCCGGGCGGCGCCGCGAGGCAGGCGACGCUCGACAGCUUCUUCAGGAAGCCGUCGCCGCCCGCGGCGCCCGCCCUCGCCGCGUCGCCGCCGGCCGCGAACGAGCCGCCCGCGCCGCCCGCGGCUGCGGCGCCGGCCGAGGCGCCCGAAGUGCCAAAGGCGCCGCCGCCCGCGAGCACGCCGCCGCCCGCGGCCACGAUGACCGCGCCCCCCGCGGCGCCCGCCGCGCCGGCCGCCCGGGCCCCGGCCGCGGCACCGCCCACCGUCGUCGUAGCGGCGGCGGUGCCGCCCGCGUCUAUUGCCGACUACGUGGCAGCCGCGGCACCGCCCGCGCCCCCGGCGCCGGCGGCGAUGGACGUCGACGCGCCGGCACCGGCGUGGCGCACGGCGGGCCACCCGCUCGUCGGCCGCGAGAUUGUGAGACUGGUCGAGGGCGGCCCGGCCUACAGCGAGGGCAGAGUAGUGGGCUGGCUCUCGGCCGCGGAGUCCGACUUCCUCGACGCCGCCAACCGACCCGCGGCGCUCUUCCACGUCGCGUACAGAAACGGCGAACUCGCGGGCGACGAGGAGGACCUCGAAGAAUACGAGGUCGAGGCAUCCCUGAAAGCCGUCUUCGACGAACAGCAGGUCGCGCGGGCGGUCCAGGCGGCGCGGGCCGCGCGCAAGCCCGCGGCGAAGGCGUCGAAACCUAAGCCGCGGCGCCCGAGCCCGCCGCCGGCCGCGGCGGCCGCGGCGCCCGCGCCGGCGGCGGCGCCCGCGCAGACGCGGCCCGAGCGCGCCCCGGCGCCGGGCCCGGCGCCGGCCGCGAAGCCGCGAAGCCCGCGGAGCGCCGUCACCGACAAGGCGGAACUAGAAAGACGCAUGGCGCGCGACGGCUGGACGAUGAAGCGCAAGGUGACUCCGAUGGGUCCGAUCACGGGCACGCCCAGAUAUUACAAGCCGGGCGACGACGUUGCCUACGCGGGCCUGCCGGCCGUCGCGCGCGCCUACUACCCCGAUCUUAUUGUGGGCGGUGUGCCCGGUUGGACCGCGCCCAAGCCCAAGCCGCCCAAGCCGCCGCCGGUCGCAGCGUCCGUCGGCCUCGCGACGCCCGCGGGAGCGCCCGCGGCGAGCGCGCCGGCCGUCGAGGUACAACCGCCGAAGAAGAAGGCCCCGAAGCGGAAACGACCGACGAGGGACCCCGCCGCACCUUUACGAAGGUCGAAGCGCGACCCGACCAAAGCAUCGGAAGAGAAGCUGUCCACGUGCCAGGGGCAAGACACGGCCGAAGCUCUGGCGCGAGCGUUGGACGAGGCCGCGUUGCUCGCGGGAGACAAGGCCCCGCAGAUCGAAAAGUUGGCCGAGAAAGCGCGACGAAAAUAUUACGACCGCCCCGAGAAACUGAGAAUUGAAGCGGCGCGCGUUGCCGCCCAGAACGCCGCGCGCAAAGGCGGUAGGGUCGACCGGAACGAGCGGCACGGCAUCGGCGUCACGGUGGCAUUGUGUGACUGGGCCCGAGCUUCACAAGAUCUGGAGACAAUACUAGAAACUACAGUGAGUGAAGACUUCGAAAAACGUAGAGAUCUAGCGCAUUAUGAAGCGGGUCACGAGGCGAUGAAGACCUUCGCGACCAAAGCUUUGGGAGACGCCUUGCACCAGCCCGUGGCCCGCACGGCGCACAAGCCCCACAUCCUCCACGAGCCGUUGAGGUCCUACGAGACUUUAUCUACCUAUAUACCCUUCCCCGGGGCUGAUGAAAGGGAAAUAGCCACAGCGCAGCGGUUGCUGAAAGUCUCUACCGAACCAGGUUUAGUGGCGGCCGCCUACGCCGUCGACGACGACGCGAUCGGCGAGAAGUGGCGCUUGGAGCGGGCCGUGCAGCAGGACGAAAGUCAUGCGCGCGUGGUUAUUAAUGGAGUGUCGGAUCGGUUGUGCACGGCCGUCGUUGCGCGCGUGUGUGGCGAAGUGAAUGAGCAGUAUGAUCCGCUCGUACUUGGUGUAGAUGUGCAGGAGGUCCCUGGUUUAGGUCUAGAUUGUUAUUGUAGACGCACAGUACAGCUGUCGUGCGAGUGGUGUGGCGUCGAGGGUGGUAAGGAUGCCGCUCGUAAAUCUCUAGCUCCUUAUCUACGAGAUUUGUCGGAGAAAGAACGGACGCCGUCCUUCCUGACGCAUGCGGCUAGGAGACUGUGGCACGAGAAGGAGGAUGCUGUUUCUGGUGCGGUGCUAGCCGCAUCGAGCUUCCUCGGUUCCGACGCGUGGUUCAAGGCGAGACCGAAAGGGACGGCCGUCGUCGCGUCGAAAGCCCUGGAGGCCAAUUUAUAUGUGUGCGACUACCUGGGGGACGUCUACCCGCCUUAUAGAUGGCUAGAAAAACUAGCCUCUACCCAGGCAGUGCGACGACUCGCCUUGGGCCAGCAGUACGCCGACGCCGUGCCACCGCCCGAAGCCUUCCACAACAUCGCCCUGGAACGGCCCCAGCAGGAUCCUUUAGGAUACGCUUUAUUAUGGGUCGACGCGGGCGGCCGGAACGCGUCCUUCGCGUCCUCGCUCAGCCAUGACUGCGACGGCAACGUCGCGACGUCCGUGCGAGUCGAUGCGGAGGGCAAUCUCGGCGUGGCCCUGCACACGACGCGGCCGAUAAAAGCCGGCGAGGAGCUCGCGUUCGACUACGCGGCCUGUACGAGUAGCGAGAGGGAGUGGCGCAGCUCGGCGUCCCGGCGUGUUGGGGUGGUUUCACUUUGUUGCUGGGACUCGUGUGUAUCAGACGAGAACGUGGGCGGUUUCUUUUUUGAUUUUGACAGAAAUGCUCCGCGCAGGCGCGAGGCGAUCUGUCUCUGCGGCGCGCCUUCCUGCAGAGGGAGCUUCGUCGAGUUAGUGGCGGCCGACGAGUUGCAGCAGUGUUUGAAGAGAGCUCAUAACCCAUUGGAUGCCGUCGCGCUACUGUUGAGGGCUUGUCUGCCUUCUCAGUCCACAGAUUAUACGAAGACGUUAGAGCAACACGGCUUCAAGCGCGCCUUCUUCGACUGCAUCGACGAUCACACGCCACCGGUCUGGCUCGAACGGUACGUGGCCGAACUGAUUUCUUUUUUGGAGUUUGAGCGCGGGCAACUGCCCUAUGCCUUGCUGCGGUACUACGGGAGAGACAAGGAGGGCGAGAACGGGUCGGCAGCCGCCGUGCGCGCUCGUUUAGUGCUCGAGCAGCGCGUGCAAUCCUUAGCUUGUGCCGUGUCGGUAGCUAGGCGCGUGCAAAGGUUAACGAGAGAAACGGGCGAGCCCCUGCGCAUGGCGUCGUCGGAGGAAGCCGCUGCUGUUUUGAGGCAACGUUUGCUGAAACUGGCCGUCUUUGCGCAACGCUGUUCUGAUCUGAAGUUGCGGGAAGCGCUCAGGAGCGCCCAUGUACCGGAGAAUGCCACUCGUAGAACUUGUAGAGAUGCGAUGCUCGCGUGUCGAACGGCACUCCUCGCUUAUGCGGCAGAUGCGCCUCCACCCGUGGCGGAGGAGAAGAAGACGAAGCGCCUUAAAACAGAAGACGACCCUGGAUUACGACUGAGGCAGUCCGCGUUAUGUGCCGCCGACGCUCUGUUACUUGCAGCUCAUACCCACACCUUCGUCAAGGUCUCGCGACGAGGGACAGCCACGGCUCCAGGUGUCGAAGUCAUCCGGGACGACGUGGGCAAGUUCCCCUGCAAGUCCUGCGACACGAAGGCACCUCUCUAUAGCGACGCCGUCCGCACGCAACCGCAAGACGUUCUAAGGGUCCAAGAGCGGACCUACGGCCCGCUGGCCGAGGUCGAGGCUCUCAUAAGAUGGCACGACGCCGACGCCCUGGCCGAUCCGGAUCUGGGUGCUGGGUUACUCGCGGUGAAAGAUUUACGCGGCUGCGCGUUGUUACCGGACGCGGCUGACAUCCUGGAAGCGUGUCGAGGGGGCUACGACGCCACACUACAGAGACAACUGGCCGAUGCGCUGGAGGACCCCGUCCGGAGGAAUCGGCCCUGGCCUGAUGAUGUUUCAAGGUGCUUCUUCCCUGCUACAAUUGUCGACGAGUGGUGGGGCGCGCCGUCCUUGGACGCGGCGUUAGAAUCGUGCGCCGCGGCCGUGUUGGACGUGGUCAAGACUCUGAGAAAUGUGACGGGAUCCCUCGAGAGCGAGAUCGAGUCCGCAGCAUCAAGUCCAACGACUCAGUCCGAGGACCCCGGGGACGGCGCUUUAGCGGAUGCGUUACCGGACAAGCCGCCCAGCAGGUGGGUGGCCUGCGACCUCUGCGAGAAGUGGCGGCGCGUGCCCUGGCACGCGUCGAUCGAGAUCGACGAGAACACGUCCUUACCGGCGUCCCGUGACUUUUCGGAGGCCUUACGCCAUCGAUGCGACUCGCAUGCAUCAGACGAGGCCCUGGGUGGUCUCGUUUUCGAUUUCGAGCCGUUUCGGAUGACGCGGUCGCCUCGACGCGAGCACUCCCGAGAGAGAGAGGGCAAUCUUCACGGGUCGCGGCGACGGCGUAGGGCUCACACGCCAUCGACGCGACGCGUCAGAGGCAUUCACGUCGCAUCGACGGCGUCUAUCAACGCAGGUCCUUCAAGUGCGCGGACCAGGUCCAGUGGGGAGUGGUACCGGACGAAGCGUCCUGCGACAUCCCGGAACCGUCCUUCGGCGAGGACGACGUCGUCUUCGACUGCUCGUCGUUGCCCGAUGCGGCGAUCGUCGAAGGGGCCAAGGUCGACGCGCGCUGUGGGCAGACGGGCUGCUGGUUCGACGCGCGCGUCAUUAGCGUCGAGCGUAAUGAUGAGGGGAAAGCCGUGAAGGUCGGCUUGCACUUCGUGGGCUGGCACAAGAAGUUCGAUGAAGUGUAUGAAUUGCCUCGCGAUUCCGAGAAACUUGCUCCGCAUCGCACUUUUUCCUCGCACAACCCGACGGCGAAAAGAAUAGCGAGAGGCCAGGCCGCCGUGCCGUCGAAGCAGAAGAAGCGGAAAAGGUCGUCUGGUGGUGCUACUAGAAAGGCGGCGCCCUCCGUCACGCAGGGGACGCGGCGGCGGCCGGCGAAGUAGUUUAUUAGGCGUAAGGAUGAGUUUCAUAAUGACCGCAUGUGGUAUAUGAGUUGUCCGGGUGUUCCCAGGCGGCCGAGGCGACGUGCAACGCCCUUGUACAGCUACGCCGGGAAAUCCGCGAGCUAGCGUACUGUAAGACACUAGCACGCCCUGCUGCAAGCUCAGCUUUGUCGGGCCUAUCCAGCUGUUUUUCACCCUUCUCGUGGACGAAACACGGCUCAGGGUCUAGCCCUUCGCGACGCGUCUUGACCACCGCCGACGAGCCGACCCCAGCGACCUAAGAUUGAUAUAAAUCGAAACUGCUGUGCUCGGCCUCUCGCACGACCAUAAACACGGCCGCUGAUUGAACGGGCCUACCUGUGGUCCCCCUGUUCCCCGGCCCGGCCUACGCGCCGGAUCCCAAAAAAAUGAAGGAGACCACGCGCGACGAGCGGGCGUCGGAGCCGGCGUCGGCAUCGGCGUCGGCUGCGGCGUCGGCAUCGGCCUGUGAGCAGAUCAAUCAGUGAGGUCUCACGAUUCGGCGAGGUGGCGGCGGUGUGAUUUUUAUGCACUGGUACUUGCGUCGGCGCGGGCGUCGGGGCCGGCGUCGGAGCCGGCGUCGGGUACGGCGUCGGCUGCGGCGUCGGCAUCGGCCUGUGCGCAGAUCAAUCAGUGAAGUCUCACGAUUCGGCGAGUCGGCGGCGGUGUGAUUUUAUGCGCUGGUACUUGCGUCGGCGCGGGCGUCGGGGCCGGCGUCGGAGCCGGCGUCGGAGCAGGCGUCGGAGCCGGCGUCGGCAUCGGCGUCGGCUGCGGCGUCGGAGCGGGCGUCGGAGCCGGCGUCGGAGCCGGCGUCGGAGCGGGCGUCGGAGCAGGCGUCGGAGCCGGCGUCGGCUGCGGCGUCGGCAUCGGCCUGUGCGCAGAUCAAUCAGUGAGGUCUCACGAUUCGGCGAGUUCAAGAGCUUCGGGUGGCCUGAGAUAGUGGUCGAAAUCCGGGGUCCGACUACUUCUGAAUCAGCCAGGGGGCCGGGGCAGCCCGGGGGUACUAUACGUGGUUUUGGGGCCUUCCCACGCUGCCCAGUACAUCCUGGGGCCGUUCCCAGGCCAUGACUAGGUCAAAAGACCAGUAAGUGGAGCCUCGGAUACUUUUCCGGGCGUGGUAUCGCCGAAAGUACCGAAAGUUUGCGGGUAUGGAUACUUCCUAGGAACUCUGGGGAUUGAUCCAGCUCGGAGAGAUACGUCGAUUUCCGGUCUCAGACUACACCGACUACGAACCGACUGACUACUUAGACCCCUCAGGCGUCGGACGCGCAUAGUACCCGCUCCUCCGGGACCCCAUCAGGUUUACGCCCACCCCGAACCGCC